AUGGAUAUGGUAGAAAACUUGACCUCAGAUUUUUCCCGGGACAGUGAUGGGGGAAGCGACAGAGAUAUGUUUGAAGUAACAACCUCCAGAUUAUCCGCCUGCAAACAUGAGGGUGGUGGUGAUCAACAAGAUAAGGAACGGUACGCCAGGGAAAGUCACUGUGAGAUAGAAAGACGAAGAAGAAACAAAAUGACUGCUUACAUAAAUGAACUAUGUGAAAUGGUACCAACUUGUAGUUCACUUGCGAGGAAGCCUGACAAACUUACAAUCCUGAGGAUGGCUGUGAGCCAUAUGAAGUCUAUUCGAGGAACCGGCAACACUAAUUCUGAUGGAUCAUACAAACCUUCGUUCCUUUCAGAUCAAGAGUUAAAGCAUUUAGUUUUGGAAGCUGCCGAUGGAUUCCUUUUUGUAUGCCAGUGUGAUACAGGGAGAAUCAUCUAUGUAUCUGACAGUGUAACAGCUGUCCUCAACCAGACUCAGUCAGAAUGGUAUCAACACACUCUCUACGAGUUAUGCCACCCGGAUGAUGCAGGGAAGAUAUGUGAACAAUUGACUGGAUCCCCCUUACCAUCACAAGGUGCUAGUGUCUUAGGCCUCACUGGUCAACCUCCUACUCCUUUAUCGAAUAACAACUCAGCCAGUAUCAAUAAGCCCCUUACUUCAUCAUCAGACUCUAAAAUGUGCUCCAGCACCUCUGAUUCUUCACCAACAUCAGUAUCUGAUCUAGUGUCGACCCAUAUAUGCUCCUCACAACGUCGUAAUUCUCCUGCACACCUGAAUAAUACUGUAUGUUCAUCACCAGCUCCAGGGCGUAUACUGGAUUUGAAAACUGGUACGGUGAAAAAAGAAGGCCAUCAAUCUCAUUUACGAGGUAAUAUGGGUUCACGUCGUGGUUUUAUAUGCCGAAUGCGCGUGGGUUCAGCUAUCCCAUUUGGCACUCAGUCAGACAUUGGGGUUACAAACUGUCUGGGGUUAACUGCUCGAGCACGCCUACGAUAUCGCCAUACGUUUGGAGCCCUAUCAUCAAACGGUCAGUGUUCUUAUGCUGUCGUUCAUGUAACUGGUUUUGUUAAGCCGUAUAAUCCCAGUAUUGAUUCGUCGUCCAAUAAUAUUCAAGUCGGGAGUCAAACUACUGGGUCUCAAGUAUAUCCCUUAUUCGAUGGAUUAAUAUCUGAAGACGGAGAAUUUACUAUUCAAGUUCCUGAUAAUCAUCUUGGUCGUUCUGAUGGUAACAAAUGUUCAGAUGUUCAAAUACCUCAGUGUUUAAUAGCUUUGGGUCGUCUUCAGUUGGUAAACAAACCAGAUGCACUUGAUCUUCAUCCACAUCGUUUUAAUGAGUUUCUCACUCGCCAUUCAGCGGAUACACGUGUCACAUUUUGCGACCAAAGAAUUCAAAAUAUUCUAGGAUUAGAAACAAAUGAAGUACUCGGUCAAGCAUUUGGAAAUUUCUUACCUUCUUCUAGGGACAAGAUAAAUUUUCAAGAAGUAUUCGAUAAAGCUUGGAAGUUCAAGGGUCAAACAUUUACAGUUAUGGUUCACAUCCGUUCUAAACUAACCACUGAACUGCUGUCGGUGAGAUGCCAUUUAUUUGCGUUUGUUAACCCUUACAGUGAAGAGGUAGAAUACGUUAUCUGUACAACAACAUCCAUUAAAGCUUUUGAAUGUGACACGUCUGAUCCGAAUCCAAGUAGUACAUAUACAGAAAACAACCCUUACUGUCAAAUAAAACAGAUUUCCUUGACAGGACAUCCCAUGUAA